AGUCGCUGGCCAGCAAUGACGACCAGCAGAUCAUCGGCGUCCGCGUCAUACAGUCGACCGGCUUUCUGGAAGGUGCCCGGUUACGAAUCGCCAUCCUCCUACCGCCCACAGCCGCCCCAACCGCUCUAUCCACCCCUUGUGCCCCUGCCAGCUCCCUGCCGACGGCGCAGCAGCAGCGGGCUGAAGAAGUGCGUCCGUUUCGCCGACGAACCGAAUGUGGGGGUCCAAGUGGGCAGCCCAUCGCACGGGGAACUGCUGCGGGGAGAUAUCAUCUCGAAGAUCGGCGAGUACGAUGCACGCGACCUGAGUCAUGCGGAUGCACAGCAGCUGUUCCGCGGUGCUGGCAACGAGAUCCGCCUGGUGGUGCACAGGGAUAACAAAAUCGCCUAUACGCAGGGUGGCACCCAAGAGGCGGGUCCUGGAUCACGGAGCAACUCCACUUUGCCGCCGGUCACUCCGGAGCUCUUGCCCCACCGAGGUCCCUCGCCCUUUUUGCCCGGACCCAGCCACUUUGAGAGGGCCCUGCAGUUGCCAGUGGACACUCUGCCGCAGACCGUGUUCCCCCAGUUGAACUCCUCCGGGGGAUACGAGGUGCCCUCGGCUGUGUUCUCGCCCAAGCCAACUCGGGAUCAUCAACAGGAUGUCGAUGAGGAGCAGGCCGCUAUUGUUAAUCAGCCCUACCGAACAACUCCUCUGGUCCUGCCCGGCGCCAAAGUGAAGAAGGAUGCGCCCACGACAGACUCCUACUUGAGGCACUACCCCAACCCGGCUGUGCGCGCCCACCCAGGACACGACUACCAUGACAGUAUCAUGAAGCAGCGCGUGGCCGAUACCAUGCUGCACAAGGUUGUCGGUUCGGAGGCCGACACUGGCCGCGUCUUCCACAAGCAAUUCAACUCGCCCAUCGGCCUGUACUCCAACAACAACAUCGAGGACACCAUCAGAUCAACAGUUCCCUUCGCCACAAGCGAAAGCAAUCGCUUGAAGGAAAGUCCUUUGCAUCGUCCUUUGCCAACGAAACUUAACGGAAUUUUCAUCGAUCUAUCUUUCCUGGAACAAAAACGAAAAAUCCUGGAGCAACAAAAGCAAAAAGACCAACUUGCAGAGCAACAACGUCAGCAACGCCAACAGCAACUGCAACUACUUUAUCAACAAAACAAAUGAUCAAUGAAAUUGUAGCCAAAAACUCUACCCAAUACUACUAGACAAAGAGCCAACUUUCCUUUCCCAAGACCCCUGCAGAAAGUCCCCUCCUUUUUCCGACCACCUGACCCCCAAAUAAGACUAAUCCAAAACUAAAAGCCGUUUGCUGAAUUAUAUUUACGAACCGUUUGAAAGACAGCACUGAAAGUUCCUACGCCCAUCGCAACCCAUCCAGUAUUAACCAUACAAACUAACUAACACCCCACCUAAUCCCGCCCGAUCUCAAGGCUUCAACUCAUCCGAUGAUAUAUUAAUCGUAUUAUCUCACACCUUGUUAUGCAGUUCUGUUCGAUUACUCUUAAUAACUAGCUCGUAAGGAAUUUGUUAAUGAGUUUCCUAUUAAUCGCAAUCCGUUUGAGGAGUGUGCAGUUUCAAGACUACGAAGCACUCGAUUGCCAACCAACAACAGCAACAACAAACUACAACUACAACAAAACAAAAUAAUUCUAACGUAUUUUGUGCACAUCCUGUUUUCUCUUUCUAUUCUCUCACUACUCUGUCUCACGCUACUCAACCGAUGUAAAAAAAAAUCAAAAAAAAACAAAAAACCAAUAUAUUUUUUAUGAAUCUCGAUUAACCAACAACAAUUAAACGACUUAAAAAAUAAAUUUAUUGAAAACUUGCAUAACACCAAACAAAAAACCAACGAACAAUUGACCAAAAUAACGGCGCUUUCAACGAUCUCAAUGCAAAACCCCGAAUCACUGACCA